AUGGACAAAAUUUUUUGGGUAACCCUCGUAUUAAAUAUAUUCCUCUUUACGUUCCUUACGACUUCAUUUUAUUUGUUAUUUUCACCAACAGCUCUAUCACCGCCUAUCAAAGAGGAAAGGUUCUGGAAUUUAACAAUUAUUCAUACAAAUGAUGUACAUUCUCGUUAUGACCAAAUUAAUUCUGCUGCUACUGAUUGUACCAAAAUACAAUUUGAAGCAGGAAAAUGUUAUGGUGGUACGGCCAGACAUAAAACUUUGAUUGAUAGGCUGAGAAGUGAAAGUAAAAAUUCACUAUUAUUGGAUGCCGGUGAUCAAUUCCAAGGAACGAUGUUCUUUACAUAUUAUGGUGGUGAAGUUAAUUCCAAAGUUUUAAAUUUACUCGGAUAUAAUGUUACGGCCAUUGGAAAUCAUGAAUUUGAUAAGGGUCCAGAUGUUCUUGCAGCCCAUCAUUCACGUUUGACCAUGCCAAUCGUUUGUGCAAACAUUAAUACGACCUUAAAUCCUACAUUCCGCAAAAACAUAAAGCCAUAUCACAUCUUUAAAGAAUACGAUCUUGCUGUUAUCGGUUACAUUACUGACACUACAGGAGGUAUCUCAAAUGCUGGUUCUACCUUAAGUUUCUAUGACCCUAUCCCAAUCGUUCAAUAUUAUGUUAAUCAACUUCGCGAAAAGGGAAUUAAAAGAAUCUUGACCAUUUCCCAUAAUGGGUACGGUCCUGAUAAGGAACUUGCUGCUAAAACUUAUGGAGUUGCUGUUCAUAUUGGUGGUCAUAGUCAUAGCCUUUUAGCGAAUGAUACAACUUUGCCAGACUAUGAUCUUGCUUUAGGACCAUAUCCAACUGUCAUAAGAAAUGCUUUGGGUGAAGAUACUUUAAUCGUUCAAGCGUUCUGGUCUGGAAAAUAUAUCGGUCACCUUGACGUUUCUUUUGAUAAGAAAGGAAGAGUUGUGAACUAUACGGGAGGACCGAUUUUAGUUGAUCAAUCAAUACCUCAAGACCCUGAAGUUCAAAAACUUGUAAAGCAAUGGCGUGAACCUUUCGAUAAAUAUGUUAAAAUGGUUAUAGGAGAAGCCGAAGACGAUUACGAUCAAUUAAAUUGUCAGCGAGGAGAAUGUACUAUGGGAAAUUUAAUCACUGAUGCGAUGCUAGAAUCAAGAAAUAAUAGUGAUGUUCAUGCGGCUUUUAUGAAUGCAGGCGGAAUUAGAGCUGGGUUACUAAAAGGAAAUAUAACUCGAGAGAAUGUUGUUACCGUUCUUCCAUUUGACAAUUCCUUGGUGGAAAUUAAAAUGACUGGACAAAAUGUUACGGACAUGUUAGAAAGCGUCGUUAGUCGAUGGGAAAAUAAAUUAUCCCGAAAGAAAAUCACUAACUUAAGUAAGACUUAUAAACUUUUGACCAAUGAAUUUGUUUCAAAUACAGGUGAUGGAAUACUCCCAUAUCCAAUCGAAACGGUUCCACUUGGAAAUGUAGAAGUUGCAGUCGAAGAUUAUAUUAAAAGUCAAUACAUUAUCAAACCUUACUUGGAUGGCCGUAUAGAAGAUUAUUCUCUCAUACAUGAAGAAAUUAAACCAAUUGAUAUAAAUGAACCGAUACAUUUUCGUUAUCAAUUAUGA